CCCUAAACCUGACAGCAGCAGGCGCAGUAAACUGACCUUCUUACGGCCUCGUCGCUCGUCCUAGAGCCAGACGAGGACCUUGAAUGUUUUUCAGCUGUAGGAUUUGAUUUUCUGCGUUUGUUUUGUUGUGCAGAGGGACAGCCAUGCCCACACUGGAGGUCCCCACGUUGCAGGAGCUAAAUGUGGAUGAGAUCAAUGUGUCAUCUGCAGUGCUGAAGGCUGCGGCUCAUCAUUAUGGCUCUCAGUGUGACAAACCCAACAAGGAGUUUAUGCUUUGUCGCUGGGAGGAGAAGGAUCCUAGAAAGUGUCUAGAAGAAGGAAGAAAAGUCAACGAGUGUGCACUCAACUUCUUUAGGCAAAUCAAGGGGAACUGCGCCGAAUCCUUCACGGAGUACUGGACUUGCCUGGAUUAUUCAAACUUGGCAGAACUGCGCCGUUGCCGCCAGCAGCAGCAGACCUUUGACAACUGUGUCCUUGAUAAGCUGGGAUGGCAGAGACCUGAGCUGGGAGACCUGUCUAAGGUGACCAAAGUGUCAACCACCCGGCCAAUCCCUGAGAACCCAUACCAUUCCCAACCACGUCCUGAGCCCAACCCAACCAUCGAUGGUAAACUGGAACCUGCCAAACAUGGCAGCAGGUUAUUCUUCUGGAGCUGGUGAGGCAGCUCCACAAAGCCGGUCCACUUCCAAGGUUAUGGGCUCUGUCCAAAAGCACCUAGACAUCCACAACUACAUGAGAAACAAAUACGUCUUUGAUAAUAUCUGGGAGGCACCAGUACUCUGGAUGCUGUAAGUUUUUUGUUUUGGUAGGGGUGGACAGAGCUCAUGUCCAAAUAGCUUCUCCAUCUGCUGAAUCUCCACCACAUCAAACAUUUUAAAGGAAAGAGGGAUGGAUUGUGUGAACAGUCGUCCACAUAAAACCAUACACUUUCCUGAGCUUAUGUAAAUGUAAUGAGUGAACAAAUGCAACAACCUGUUAAUAUUGUUGUCAAAUAAAAAAAAUAAUUAUGA